AUGAUCUCUCAGAAACCUUUGCGAUGCUAUUUGGGAGGCAGUUGUAAAAUAGAUGUACUGAACCGGACUUUCUGUAAGAGGUGUCGACUCGACAAGUGUUUUGAAGUCGGAAUGAAAUCCGAAUAUAUACACUCGAGAGACCACAGGAAAAUGAACCGAGAAAAAGGCGACAAAACUACUCAAUCCGUGAAUAAUGAUGCGGUCGACUCGACCACCACUGGCCUGUCAUCUGAUGGUAAUUCAAAAGACAAUUCAAGUGAAGAUGUUUCCAUUGAAUUCACGGCAACGGAUUACUCCGACACCGAAGACAUGCAUAAAGAUAUGGACGAAAUCCAGGGCCGUAUAUCUGCGGCCAAUAACGACACCUCGUUUACGGCCUCAGAGGCACAGACAUCAAUGGUUCCCGUAAUUAUCACCGAUUACAGCGAUAACUUUAACGAAGUAGAGGGUAGAAGGUUAACGGAACUACAGUAUGCCGUCCAGCAUUUGAAGUACCCGUCCCUUCAGUUGAGCCAAACUAUUGUGGAUAACUUUUUUGAUGCAAAGAACAUAUUUCAAUGUAAUUGCGAUCAGGAAACUAGAAAAUUGGUCAAAAUGUCAAAGUGUUUGACCACAUUUGCCACUAUGUGUGAGUCCGAUCAGUUAAACUUGCUCAAAUACGCGUCCCUCGAGAUUGCAAUCAUGAGAAUGAUUGCAUAUUUUGAUUUUGAUACCCAGUACUGGACUGAUAAUAAGGAAGCAAAUCUAAUACCUUUGGAUUUAUUUAAGGGUAAGCGACGUAACACUUAUAUAAACCAUAAGAAUUUCCUGCAAAAUAUGGGCAAAGAAUGGGAUUCUGAUAAUACUAUCAUUGAUUUGGUAUAG